AUGGAGGGGUUUCUUCCGCCGAGGCUAGAAGAUGCGGGGCUGGAAGACUGCGCUCUCCCACCGGAGGCCAUCAAUGAAGCCUUCUCCAAAGCCGCCGAGCUCUUCAAGUCUCGGGUCGUCGUCGCCGACGACGACGACGACGACAACGAAGGUGACGGCUGCUGCGUCGAAGGCCCCGCCCCGAGCAGCGGAGAGAAACCGGCGGUGGCGCUCGGCGGUGGCGUCUGCGAGGAAGGGGGCUUUUCGGUGGGGGAUGAGCCGGGGGAAGGAGGCGGCGUCGUAGUUGUCGAGGGGGGGAUUUCCUCCGGCGAAGUCCUGGUGAUGGGCGGCGAGGUUGCGGAGGACAGCGGCGGGGAUGACAACGGCGCCGCCGGCGAGGGGGGAAAGCCCGUUUAG